GAGAGAGAGAGAGAGAGAGAGAGAGAGAGAGAGAGAAAGCGAGAGAGAGUUAGACACUGAACGGGAGGAGAGCGAGAGAGAGUUAGUGUGUGAGAGAGAGAGAGAGAUAGAGAGAGAGAGGUCGAGACUGAACGGGAGGAGCGAGAGAGAGAGCGAGUGAGAGAGAGAGGCGGGGGAGCGCGAGCCAGCAGCGGAGAUAGAGAGAGAGAGAGAGUGAGAGAGAGAGAGUGAGAGAGAGUGUGCGAGAGAGAGAAAGGGAGAGAGAGGUCGAGACUGAACGGGAGGAGAGAGAGAGAGAGAGAGAGAACCACCGUCAGGCUCCGGGAGGCAGAGCGACGGACGACACGGGAGCGAGGGGGAGGACCGAGCGACUCACAGACUGAAUGAAGCUGCACCUGGUGCUUCUGAGGGCAUCUCCCAUGUUUUGAUUUGUUCCACGUAUUUUUUUUUUCCCUUCACUUCCUGAACUCGUUUGCCAUGCCGUCCAACAGUCCGGCCGCCACGGAGACGCCACAGACGCCAGCGAAGGACACCGUGGUCGAUGUGUGUGAAGAUGGAGCGGACCAGGACAGUCCGGAGGAGGGGACGCCGGCGAGCCCCCGCACCAAGCGCAGAGUGGGCCGCCCUGGAAGGAAACGCAAGCAGCUGCUUCCUGAGAUGGCGACCUCUGACCCUUGUGCAAAUGCCCCCCCAACCCCGCCUGAGGAGCCGGAGGCCUCCCCCUCCCCUCGCAAGAAGCGUGGGCGUCGGAAACUAGACAGAACCAAGAGGAAUAAGGCCGAGCCAGACGACAGAAACUGCGACUCCCCCAAAGUGUGUGUGCAGGGGGAGAGCGGGAGGCUGCGGAGGAGGCCGGUCCCCCGGGUGACUUUCCAGGCCGGCGACCCGUACUACAUCAGCCGGAGACAGAGAGACGAGUGGCUCAGCCGCUGGAAGAUAGAGGCGGAGCGGCGGGCGUACCGAGAGGCGGAGAUGAGCAUGAUGGACGAGCUGACGGAGGCCGACUUUCGGAAAGAGGAGGAGCCGGCAAGCCCAGCGCCUCCGCCCUCACAACAACACACGGACCCCGCCUCCCCCACAGUCGCCGUGACCCCGGAGCCGGUGGCCAGGGGGGACCAGGCCACACCCAAUGAGGUAGAGUGCCAGGAUGGUCGGGGCUUUGGCAUCGGCACGCUGGUGUUCGGGAAGCUGCGAGGUUUCUCCUGGUGGCCCGGCCGGAUCGUGUCCUGGUGGAUGAGCGGCCGGAGUCGAGCCGCCGACGGCACCCGCUGGGUCAUGUGGUUCGGCGAUGGCAAAUUCUCUGUGGUGUGUGUGGAGAAGCUGAUGCUGCUGACCUCCUUCUCCUCCGCCUUCCACCAGCCCACCUACAACAAACAGUCCAUGUACAGGAAAGCCAUCUUCGAGGCUCUGCAGGUGGCCAGUGUGCGGGCGGGGAGGCCCGUCCCUUCCUGUGAUGCCAGCGACGAUGGCGACGGCGUGGACAUUCAGACCCGACAGAUGAUAGAGUGGGCGAUGACCGGCUUCCUGCCCAAAGGGCCACAGUCACUGGAGCCUCCAGAAGAGGAGCAGAAUCCAUACAAAGAGGUGUACCCGGAGAUGUGGGCGGAGCCUGAGGCGGCGUACACGCCUCCGCCGGCGAAGAAACCGCGCAAGAACCUCGCGGAGAAAUCAAAGAUCCGAGAAGUGAUCGACGAGGGGACCAGAGAGAGACUCAUAUGUGAGGUCAAACAGAAAACCAGGAAUAUAGAAGAUAUCUGUAUUUCCUGCGGGAGCCUCAACGUCUCUCUGGAGCAUCCCCUCUUUUCAGGAGCCAUGUGUCAGGGCUGCAAAAACUCCUUCCUGGAGUGCGCUUACCAGUACGAUGAUGAUGGCUACCAGUCCUACUGCACCAUCUGCUGUGGAGGCAGGGAAGUGCUCAUGUGUGGCAACAACAACUGCUGCAGGUGUUUCUGUGUGGAGUGUGUGGAUCUGCUGGUCGGAACCGGCUCAGCAGCGAUAGCCAUCAAAGAAGAUCCGUGGAACUGUUACAUGUGCGGCCCCCGGAACACCCACGGGUUACUGCGGCGCCGGGACGACUGGCCCUGCCGGCUCCAGCACUUCUUCGCCAACAACCACGAGCAGGACUUCGAGCCGGCCAAGUUGUAUCCUCCAGUGGCGGCGGAGAAGAGACAGCCAAUCAGAGUCCUCUCUCUGUUUGACGGCAUCGCCACAGGUCUGCUGGUGCUGAGGGACUUGGGAAUCCAGAUCGACAAGUACGUGGCGUCGGAGGUGUGUGAAGACUCCAUCACCGUCGGCCUGGUGCGACACCACGGACGCAUCAUGUACGUGGGAGACAUCCGCAACGUGACCCGCAAACACAUUGAGGAGUGGGGACCUUUCGACCUGGUGAUCGGAGGAAGCCCCUGUAACGACCUCUCCAUAGUCAACCCUGCACGCAAAGGCCUUUACGAGGGAACCGGCCGGUUGUUCUUUGAGUUCUACCGUCUGCUGCACGAGGCGCGACCGAAGCCCGGCGACGAGCGGCCGUUCUUCUGGCUGUUUGAGAACGUGGUCGCGAUGGGAGUCAGCGACAAGCGGGACAUCUCUCGCUUUUUAGAGUCUAAUCCGAUAAUGAUCGACGCCAAGGAAGUGUCGGCCGCACACCGCGCUCGCUACUUCUGGGGAAACCUGCCAGGCAUGUCCAGACCCCUGACAGCCAUGGUGAACGACAGGCUGGACCUACAGGAGUGCCUCGAGCAUGGGCGCCAUGCCAAGUUUGAGAAGUUGCGUACGAUAACGACACGCUCCAACUCUGUGAAGCAGGGGAAAGACGAGCAUUUCCCCGUCUACAUGGACAACAAGGAGGACAUCCUCUGGUGCACGGAGAUGGAGAGGGUGUUCGGUUUCCCCGUCCACUACACGGACGUGUCCAACAUGAGUCGUCUGGCCAGGCAAAGGCUGCUGGGACGGUCCUGGAGCGUCCCCGUCAUCAGGCACCUCUUCGCCCCACUCAAGGAGUUCUUCGCCUGCAACUAGUUACACACCAACUCUCUCUCUCUUUCUGUCAUGCACACACACACACACACACACACACAUGCGUACACACAUAAACAUCAUGUAAGGACAAACACACAACUACAACUACACACUGUAAACAGAUUGUACAUGAAGGUUGGCUGACACAGGAUGACCAGACACACACACUAACAAACACACACACACACACGCCUGUAGGCCACUGGCUGACCUUAGUCCCCUGGUGCUACCUUCCAUUGAUUUACACCAAUGACUGGUAAUAAAGAUGGCCGCCACGUCUCCACUUCCUCCUACUUAACAAAAAAAAAUGAAUCCAAACUAUGCCGAACACGUGCUGGUGCUGCCAUCUUGAGCUUUAUGUGUCAUCUGAGCUGGAUGGGGGGGUGGGGGGGGG